AUGACGUCUAACGAAACAGCAGUUAUCAAGCCACUUGUUCUUGAUGAACAUCUAUCGCGUUUGAAACCUAUCGAUGAACAGCAUGGACUUGCAGAUAAACAAAUUCUUCAAGUACAACCUAAACUUCGUAGUUCAUCUUUAUUUCCACCAAUUGCACGUGCUGCACCACCGAAAUCAAUGGUAACGAGUCGUCAUAUGGAAUCUCCGGCGUCUUCGAUUGUCGCUGGCUUGAUAGGUCGUGAAGGAUUUCUACGUUCGAUUUCACGCAAUAAUAUGUCAUCAAUCACAUCGGGCUCGCCACGAUUACAAACCGGAAUAAAUACGCGUCCAAAACGAACAUCAUUAUAUGAUCAUGUUGGACCGAAAAUUAAUACAGGUUUAGCCGUACGUACAGAGAGUUUAACUCGAGUCGAGAAUGAUAGUCAUCGACUGGGACCUAUUCGUCCGAUCAAUUGGCGUCUAUUGAAACAAGAACUAGAACGCGAUCUGGAAAUACGCGCACAGACAAAACGAUUACAGUUCAAUUCUGGUAUAAUCUAUGCUCAACAACUAGCAACAUUAGGAGAUCUUGUUCGAACAAGGGUUAAAUCUCAUGUCGCAGCAACAAUGAAUUACAUUGAAGAACGCUAUAAAAUUGUCGUGCAUCUUACGGUUUUCCAAACAAGUACUGCUGCAUUACAUGUCGCGUCGAGAUGCCUAUGGAAUUCGUAUACAGACAACUCAAUAACAAUUAAAAUGCAUGGCAUAGAUUGUGAUAUACUUAUCGUUGUAUUCCUAUGCUAUACAGAAUUGGGAAGUGUAUAA